AUGGAUAGGCGACAAUUCGGAGGGUCGGUGCAUUGCACGGGAUCCGACACCACUGCGAACCGCUCUGCACCGAGCUCCGACGCGCCGGUUCAUCGCACGGGAUCGGCUGUCGCUAAGAAGAAGAAACUCGUGCAGACUCGUCCUGUCGUAUCAGGUUCAAGAUCCCCCCAACCUGUCUCUCCCCGAGCCUCCUCUCCGAAGCAUGGCCCCGCUUCACCCAAGCCUCUCGUCCUCCACGCCUCCAGCAGAGCCGCACCUCCCUCAGUCCCCACCCACAUGCUCCCACAAGACACGGACGAGCUAUCCUCCUACGCGUCUUCUGGCUCUCAGAACCAUCAGCAGCAUGAGCAGCAGCAUAAGCCAGGCGCCUCUUCCUCCUCCUCCGCCUCCUCUGCUUGGUUCACUAAGGAAGACGCUGAUGACAUUCUUGGCGCUGCCGGGUUGUCAAGCGGGAAGCUUCCCUCGGGAAUUGCUGGAAUCGCGGCUGUAGCGGCUCAACUCGCCCGCGCUGCUACAGCCGCGUCCCCCCCGCGCCGUCCGCCAGGAGGGAGGGAAAGCGGGCCGGAGAGAGAGAGAUAUGAUCCCGAAAAGCAGUACCUGACUCAGCCUAGUGGCGUGCUGUCUGGGUUUAUUGAGAGGAAGUUUAAAACCCCUCCCAAGCGGCAGCAGCAGCAGCAAUACCAGCAGCAGACACAUGGAGGUGGUUUUGUUGGCGGAGGUACAGGAGCAAGUCCGGAAUUUGGAGUUCCGAAGCGAUCAGGUUCGGGAACUGGCCGAGCCAUCCUAGGCUUGGGAGUGUCUUCUGACCGCCCCUCCAGCUCCACCGGUCGACCUUCCAGCUCCGGUGGUCAAACCUCUGGUGCAGGCCUGGGUGCUAGUAGGGGGAGUGGUUAUAAAGGGGGCGGUGGGUGGGGGGGGAGUGAUAAAGGGGAGGAGGACGAAGGGUGGGGGGCAGAGGUGGAGACAGAUGAGUGGGAUAAGGGCAGCACGGGUGGGUGGGAGGGACUAGGGCUAGCAGCUGCAGUCUCAGUGAAACCCUCGAAAGGUGUUACCAGCAGUAGCACUGGUGUUACCAGUAAGAGUGGUGUUUCCAGCAGCAGUGGUGUUGCCAGUGGUAUUGCUGCUGGUGUUGCUGCUGCUGCUUCUGCUGCUGAUGCUGCUGGUGCUGAUGUUGAUAGUGACGAUAGUAGCAGCAGCGGAGGCUGGGAUAAUUCAGAUUGGGAAUCCUUAUCCCCUGUAGCUGCCACCGCUGCUGGUGGGCAGGCCUUGUCUUCUUCUGCCGCUGGUGGGCUUUCCAUGUCUUCUUCUGGAGCGAGACUGGCAGAAGACGUAAGGGGAAGGAGGGGCAGGGGACUGGGGGUUGAUUCCCUAAAUAGACCCAGUGACGGGGGAAGGGGAGGGGGAGUAGGGGCAGGGGAUGGGGAGUGGCGGGGCAACAGAGGGGGAGUUGGGGUGAAGGGGGGAAGCGGGGGGAGCGGGGAUUGGGGGAACUGGGGCUCGUGGGAUGGGGGGGAGACAAAGGCAGGGGGAAGAUCCCCCUCCUGGGAGAGUAAAUCCGGGGGAGGGGCAGGCGGAGGGGGCAACUGGGGGUGGGGAGCUUCACCCAGGGGGAGUGGUAUUGGGGCGGGGGGCGCAGGGCGAGGGGGAACGGGGGGAGGGGGGAUGGGGAGCGGGGGGAAGGUAGGGGCGGGCGUGCCAUUAUCAUCCAGGAAAAAGAGAAGGAGAGGAGUGAUUCUGUGUUGCCUGGUUAGUUCUGUAGUGAUGGUGGUGAUGCUGCUCCUGGUGGGGUUCAUAGGCGGAACUUUCGCUCCAGUCACACCAGACACAUCCCUACUCAACGGCUUAGCAACUAGGGAAGAGGAGGGUGCUGCUGUGCUGAGAGCAGAUGCUGCUGGCGCUGGGGCAAGCAUGGUGCAACAGAAGACUCCUGGGCUGCUGAGUGCAGGGGAAGGAGGAACAGGGCAGCAGCUAGAUCCGAGAACAGAGCAGGAAUCGCAGGGAGAUGGUAUGAGGGAGAGGGAGGUGGGGAGGAGAGGAGAACGCGGGAUGGAGAGGGCGGGAUUUGGGGAGGCUGGGACUGAGGAAGGUGCGGAUUCGCUAAGAGGUGAUCCGGUAUUGGAAGCAGCAGCUAGGCUCGUGGGGAAACGGUCCACAGCAGAAGAUGAGGAGCUGGAUGGAGAAGGGGCAACCGAGCAGGAGGUGGCGGGAGAGGGGCAGAUGGAAAGAGUGGGGAGGGUGGAAAGACAGGGGCAGUUUGAAAGGCAGGGGCAAGGAGAGAGGAGGGAGGACGAGUUGAGAGGGAGGGGGAGGGAUGCCGAAGGGGAUGAAGGCGAAAGAAAGGUGGAGGAGGGAAGGUUGGGGCAGUCAGAUAUUGAGAUGGCACAGGAGGAGGGGGAGAUACCAGAGGGGGAGGGGGAGGCGCUAAGGGAGGAGAGAGAAGGGAGAGGAAACGGGGGGGAAGCAGAAGAGACGGGAGGAGGCGAGAGGGAGGGAGAAGAGGCGGGGGAGGAAGAGAGGGGAGGAGCUGAGGGGGGGGAUCUGCAGCAGCAGCAGCUGCUGAGAGAGCGAGAGAUUGUGAAUCAAGGAGUUGUCACGGAGGGGGGAGGGAGCAAGUAUCGGAUCUUACAGGGGACUUUGACUCCAAAGGAGGCCAGGGCGUGGCCGGGCAGGCACAGGGUGCAUUGGGGCAGGCACAGGGCGCAGCAGGGGGAGUACAUGGUGCACUGGCGCAAGCACAGGGCGAGAGGAAUGCAGGCAUAG